AUGGCCAAGAAGUUGCCUUCCCCUCAGCCAGUGUUCGACAUGGCCUGCCUAGAGGCCAACAAGAAACGCAAAGUCCAUGAUUGGGAGGCUGCCACAAACGAGCAUUUGGAACUGUGGCGCAAGGCACAGGAAUAUGCCUCACACAGCUGGGAAAUCUGGGCGCGAGGGGUCGCAGUAUUGGUGGAGUACCUGUUCGACGUCAACACUGAAUUACGAUUGAAGAGUCAAGAGAACGAAGAACGCGACCAGCUAGCUUCAUUGCGGUACUCUAGACUUCAGUUCGAGGGGAUCUUGUCAGAGUCUAAGCGUCCCGAAUACUUCUUCGACCGCCUCGCAAGGUUGUACAAGAUACAGGGUCGUUUGGAUGCAUGGAAAGAUCUCGAGUUGGUGCAUACAGAAGGCUACAACAAGGAAGAAGCUCUCAGUGACUUUCCUAGUUAA